CCGUUUGCUGCUUCGCAGACUCCGAAACAGCUACUUAGCUACCGCGGCAUAAUCCUGCGGUGAUACCAGUAGUUCCCGCUAUAAUCGUCACCUCUGUGUCUUCAAUGCAUCCGCCGACAUCUGCUAUACCUGACUUUUACUAUGCGUUGUUCGCGUUCUACGAACCCGCAUUGACGAUUUUUGGGUUCAUAGGAGCAGUGCACGACCCGAUAACAACGCACAAUACGCAAGCGCCAUGGCCAAUGGAUAUUUCACCACCUACUAGCCUUCCAAAGGCAUCCAUCGUAACUGUGAUCCAACUAGCUCACGUUUGCGCGCUCAUGGGAGUCGUUAACUGUUUUGUGUUAACGGCGAUCAGGAAGCAUCUCUCAAAGCAUCUUGCUACACAAGAGAAGAUCGUUGGGGCCCUCAUGACCCCCCUUCUCAUGGGGGAUUGCAUGCACCUCUUCGUUACGCUGUGGGCUCUCGGCGAUGAGAGAUGGGAUGUUUCACAGUGGAGUCCGAUGCUUUGGACAACCAUUAUCCUUGGAUUUAGUCUCAUGAUACCCCGGAUCAUGUGGCAUCUUGGAAUUUGGAGAUAUGUUGAUACUCGUGAUGCACAAAAAGUUGAUGUUACAACGACACACAAGGAGGCUACAAGCGAGAAAACAUAGUGGGAAGGGAAUUUGAAGG